AGCUGGGCUCGAGCCAUUGGAACCAUGGCAACCGCGGCAGGUGAGGAGGAAACCAUCGCGUCGUAAUCAGCGGGACUUUCUGCCCUUCCUGUCCUUCCUGUCCUUCUCACUGGGAAAAAAAGUGCGCUUCUGUACGGGUUUUUUUUCUUCUUCUAAGUUUAAUUGCAGUUAAUUAACUGGCGUGAUGUCAUUUCAACGGGUUUCGGCGAAUGCAGAAGCCGAGACGCGUCAGAGGCUGCUCCGCAACGCCAAGAAGGAGGUAAAGCAGAUCAUGGAGGAAGCAGUCACACGCAAGUUUGUCCACGAAGACAGCAGUCACAUCGUCUCCUUUUGCGCUGCAGUGGAGGCGUGUAUGCUACAUGGCCUGAAGCGGAGAGCUGCUGGAUUUUUGCGCAGUAACAAAGUAGCAGCUCUGUUUACUAAAGUGGGGAAGAGUUUCCCUCCAGCCGAGCAACUCUGCCGCAAAGCUCAGGAACUGGAGCAGCUGCUGGAGAGCAAGAGAGCUCAGAUGGGUUCGUACAGUGAGACGUCUCGUAAACUACCCCCUCGUCUCCCCGGCCUCUCGUCCCAGGCCGCUCGGCACCUCUGGAUCCGCACAGCUCUCAUAGAGAAAGUGCUCGACAAAAUCGUCCUGUACCUGGUGGAGAACAGCAGUAAGUAUUAUGAAAAGGAGGCGGUGCUUAUGGACCCAGUGGACGGCCCCAUCCUCGCCUCUCUCUUAGUGGGUCCAUGUGCGCUGGAGUACACUAAGAUGAAGACGGCCGAUCAUUUCUGGACGGACCCCUCGGCAGACGAGUUGGUGCAGAGACACAGGAUCCACAGCGCGCACUACAGACAGGACUCGCCCACUAAGAGGCCCGCUCUGUGUAUCCAGAAGAGACACUCGAGCAGCAGUAUUGAUGAGCGUCCGACUCCGUCUCCCUCAGCGAGAGACUAUGUGGAGUCUCUGCACCAGAACUCCAGAGCUACUCUGCUGUUUGGCAAGAACAACGUGCUCGUACAGCCGAGAGACGACAUGGAGGCAAUCCCGGGGUACCUGUCUCUGCACCAAACGGGUGACACCAUGGCGCUGAAGUGGACGCCUAAUCAGCUGAUGAACGGCUCUGUGGGAGAGCUGGAAUACGAGAGGAGUGUGUAUUGGGAUUACGCCAUGACCAUCCGCCUGGAGGAGAUUGUGUAUCUGCAUUGUCAUCAGCAGGUGGACAGCGGGGGAACCAUAGUUCUGGUAAACCAGGAUGGCAUCCAGAGACCUCCUCUCCGUUUUCCACAAGGCGGCCAUCUCCUGCAGUUCCUGUCGUGCCUGGAGAACGGCCUGCUGCCUCACGGCCAACUCGACCCCCCACUGUGGUCCCAAAGGGGCAAGGGAAAAGUCUUUCCUAAGCUGAAGAAGAGAGGAGCUCAGGGAUCGGUGGACUCGGUCUCGGAUAAGGAGGAGGACGAAGCCACUGAUUACGUCUUCCGCAUUGUCUUCCCCAACAGCCAGCCUGAGCUUGCUGGUUCAGAGCUGACGGAGCAGGGGGUGAACAUCUGGCAGCCGACGCCAAGGAAGUCCUCAUGUUCUCAGGCCAGCUUCUCGGAUUCAGUGUCGCCUAACAGCUGCAAUCACGAGAGAGCUCCCUUGAAGCUUCUUUGUGACAACAUGAAGAAUCAGAUCAUCUCCAGAGCGUUCUAUGGCUGGUUGGCGUACUGCCGUCACCUGUCCACGGUGCGCACGCACCUCUCAGCUCUCGUCAAUCACACAAUCGUAAUGCCUGAUGUGCCGUGCGACGCAUACGGAGGUCUCACUGCGCUGGUCUGGAACAAGUUCCUGCAAAACUGCAGUGUUUGUGACGAGCAAGAGCUCUGGCGCUUGGUAUAUUUUGGAGGAAUUGAGCCCUCUCUACGUAAGGAGGUCUGGCCCUUUCUGCUGGGUCACUACCAGUUCGGGAUGUCUGAGAAGGAGAGGAGAGAGGUGGACGACAAGGUGCGGGCGUGCUACGAGAAGACGAUGAGCGAGUGGUUGGGCUGCGAGGCCAUCGUGAAGCAGCGUGAAAAAGAACAGCAUGCUGUAGCCUUGGCCAAGUGCUCAUCUAUGGCCAGCAUGGACAGCAACAGUCCAAGGGUGGUGCAUCGUGACUCGUCCAUCAGUAAUGAGUCUUCUCAGAGCUGUAGUUCAGAGAGGCAGAGAGCUCGUCUGCAGAGUGACUCCAGUAGCAGUACACAGGUGUUCGAGUCUGUGGACGAGGUUGAACAGAUUGAUGUAGAGUCCAAAAGCAAUGAAGUCAAGCUCCUCCCCAAAGUCUCCAAUGGCUCAGACUCGGGUCACCCCUCUUCCAGAAACUUCUCUGUCACUUCGGGCUUGUCUGAAUCUCUCAGCAUAGAAGACAGCAGCGCACAGGAGAUGUCAACCAAAGCGUCCAUCCAGGAUAGCGUCAUGGAGGAUGAUAAGAAGGAGGAAACCAACACAGCUCCUGAUGUGGAAGUGUUUGAUCCGAGAAGCUCUGCAGGGCAAGAAAAGUGUAAUGAGGUAGAGGUUGGAGACCUCUCAAAAGCUGAUGAAUGUCUGAAAGGUAUUGGACCUCAAAUGAUAAAGGACAAAGAGGUCAAAGAAGCAGAAAAAAAUAAAGAGGAGGAAAAGUCUGGAAUAAUGGUGUCCAUUUCAACAGGAGAGCAAAGUGAAAGCUCUGAGACAGGAUCCAGUCCAGGAGGCUUAAAGACAACAGGGACUGAGAUCAUAAAUGCUUCUGUUUCCAUAAAGAACAAUGAAACCGAGAAAAUCCAAACAUAUAAAGCGUCUAAGAAUCAAACUAAUUCAAGACCAGAGAAAGAGUCGGCACCUGAGGCUCAAAGUCUAAGCCGGGUUAAGGAGAAAGAUCAGAUGGAGACGGUCAGGAAGAAGGUCAUGAUGCCGUGCGCUUCUGUGGUUAAGGAGAUCGUAGUGCCUGUUGUGUUUGAAGCCUUCAGCAUGCGUGAAAUGAGCAAAGAGACACCCACCACAGAUUCCGACGAAUCCCCCUCAGCCAUCGAGAUGGAGGACAUUCCCAUGGCCCGGUUGGUGCAUGUUCAGGAAGGCACUGAGGCACUUCUACCUGAAAUGGAGAAUGAUUACUCUCAGUUCGAUUCACAUGCUGAGGCCAGUGAGAAGAACACCAGCACCUCACAUCCUCCCUCCACAAGACCGACUUACUCGCAGGAGCUGUUGGACUUGUACACUCUGAACCUGCAUCGUAUCGACAAGGAUGUGCAACGGUGCGACAGGAACUAUUGGUACUUCACGCCAGCUAACCUGGAGAAGCUCCGCAAUAUCAUGUGCAGUUACAUCUGGCAGCAUCUAGAGAUCGGGUACGUACAGGGGAUGUGUGACCUUCUUGCUCCUCUGCUGGUCAUCCUUGAUGAUGAGGCUCUUGCCUUUAGCUGUUUCACUGAACUGAUGAAGCGAAUGAAUCAGAACUUUCCUCACGGAGGGGCGAUGGACACUCACUUCGCCAACAUGCGGUCUCUCAUCCAGAUCCUGGACUCGGAGCUCUUCGAGCUAAUGCAUCAGAACGGCGACUACACACACUUUUAUUUCUGCUAUCGCUGGUUUCUCCUGGACUUCAAACGAGAGCUGGUUUAUGAUGACGUGUUUGCAGUGUGGGAGAGCAUUUGGGCUGCUAAGCACGUCUCCUCUAGCCACUUUGUCCUGUUCAUUGCUCUAGCCCUCGUUGAGAUCUACAGAGACAUCAUCCUGGAGAAUAACAUGGACUUCACUGACAUCAUCAAGUUUUUCAAUGAAAUGGCUGAACAUCAUAACGUGAAGCAGAUCCUGGAGCUGGCUCGAGAGCUUGUUUGCAAAGUGCAGAUGCUCAUCGAAAACAAGUAACACAAACUCAGCGCCCUUCGUCAGUCUUUGUGCCAAAACAUUUCAUUAGUGCUUACUGCAUUAAACUCGACAAGAAACAGCCAAGAGAACCUUUCAGAUCCAAGCAUUUAUCUUAUGAAUUAUUUAUCUCUUACAAUCAUAAGAAAAUGCUGCUAUUGUAUUCGUUCAUCUUUAGCAAACAAUUUAUCCCGGGCUAGGAUGGAAGAUCUGGGAUCUAUCCCAGGACCAAAGGGCAACAUACAUAUCUAUUCACCCCUGGGGAACAAAUUGGCAUGUUUCUAGGAUGUAAGUAUAAAAAUGUCAUAGGGUCAAAGGGUUAUCAUCACUGCUGAAACUCCACAUAACACACAUACAUGCAAAGAGCUUAGAAUCAAACAGGGACCCUGAAGCUGUGAGAAAGCAACACCACCCGCUGCACCACUGGUGUCUUUAACAUUUUAAAGUAUGACUCUACUGCAAGUAACAGGUAAUAGCUAUCGAUUGCUAUUAAACCACGAUUAUACUUAUAUACGUAUAUCCCAUCACACAUUCCAAGUCAGUAAAGCUUUCGGCUCACUUCGUUCCCUUCCACAGCUGCACGUCUGUUAUCAACUUGUGUGUUUCUUCAAUAACUUUCCACAGCAUUCUGUUAAUAUUUAUGUAGUUUGGUGCUUCAUUAAGGUUUGGCUUUAACACUGUGUUACAGAAACGUGUUCUCAGUCUGAUCUCCUUCCAGCCUUCAAACCAGUAGUAAUGAUAUUUAGUGUUGCGUUUUAUAACAUACAGGUAUGUACGUAUUAUUGUGAGACAUCGUUCCAGAAUCAGGUUAUCGAACACACCACAGCCGGUAUUUCAUCUGUUUGCCAACGUUAAGCGUAUCACUGUAAGGCAUACAGUAGCCUACAGAGCCUUGCACAAGUAUUCGCCCCCUGGAGCUUUGUCACAUUUAUUACUUGGAACAAAUAAAAUGCAUUUAAACAUUAAUAUAAGUUGGGUGCAAAUAAAAUGAACAUGUCAUGUGAUCUUGGUGUAAGUACAUGUGUUCCUGGAAGAAGCCAUAUCUAAAGGAAAAUCAUCAUAAGGUAUCAAAUUCCAAGACCAAGGUUAAAAAAAUAAAAUAAAAAACCCUCACAAAGCUCCUGUGUUAUUAAGAAAUCUAAAGGACAUGAAACAAUCAUGACCAUCUGAAUGUGGAUGUUUGGUAAAAGAAGGGAUUCUUCAGAUAAACAACAAGAGACCAGCGAUGCUUCCCCAAGAUUGUUCCACCCUUCUUCCAUAUUAUAUGCAUUAUUGGUAAUGAUUUAUCAAACUCAAUGUUAAAAGAUGGUCUGCAUGUAGCCUAGUUCCAAGUACACUGUACAACAUGGCUGAAUCCUUAUGCAAGGCCCUGUAUGUGAACUUCCACGGUUUUUCACUUUACUGUGACUGUAACACAAAACAAAAGCUUAUUUGUGCUUAAGGAAAAAUCUUUAUUAUAUAUUUAUUACAUAGAGCAAUCUUAAUAUAUAUUAUGAUUCAUGGUGGUAGAGAAUGUUUUUUUUUUGUAAAUGGAAAUAUAUUAAAGCAUAUAAAAAGGCUUCCUAUUUAUUUUUGCAUACUGAAGUAACUUACUGUUUACAACGUGGCCUUAACUGUGUUUCUGCUAGUCUGUGUGCCCCACUGGUGCUGCCUGAGUCCAAGUUUAGGGCAUCUGCCCUCUGCCUUUUAUCUAUUCAGGACCUGAAUUACAAUGAUAUGCCUGUCAGGGUCAGACUUUUGGAAAAUCUGUAUCCACUAAGCCAUGAGUGGCAUCUGAACAUUAGACUUGCAACAAACUACCAAAGUACUUUUAGUGAUAUUUUAUUGUUGCUCACUGGAGCAAAAUGAUAUAAAUAAAAUGUUUUAGUCAUCUUCACUAGACAGAAUCUUUAAAAUAGAUUAGCGGUGUUGACUGCAGAGAGUGUAGUGAAGCUGGGUUAUGGCCAUGUCUACAGAAUUGAAUAGAACCCAAACUGAAAUCUCCUCUAUUUUGUUGACUAGUGCAGUAUGUCCACUGUUUCAUCAACAGUUCUUUUAAGCGGUGUGUUCGCCUGACGUUUCUGCUCCUGUGUGAAAGUGGCAUUUUAUCGUGAUGCUUUGGAUAUCAGUGGAAAAAAUGUGAAAACUAGCUGCUUCAUGAUAGCGAAAGAAAUGUGUUAUUUGUACAUCUUGCUUUGCGCUGUUUAUUUAUUUGUUUAUAUCUCGGCGCACUAAUUUUGUCUUGGCUUUUGUAUGUAAAAGCUAAACUUGUUUCAUGUGGUUUAUGAUUAAAUGAUAUAUGUGCCUCUAUAAAAUCAAAUGGUGUUGUUGUUAUUAUUAUUAUUAUGAGAGCCAAAUAUGACAAGGAGAACCAC